AUGGCUGUCUUUAUCUGCGUUGAGUUGGAAUCUAUUGUCGGACUUCCCGAAAUCAUGAACUGUCUGCUUGAAAAAAGUAUCAAGUUCACGGUGUCGAAAGAUCGUCGAAGUCUCUGUGAUACAUGUAGUGCAAAGGACGACUCCCUACAGCUUUCAUCGACCACAUCUAUAACCCCUGUGAUUCCUACAUCAACACCUUCGUCGAUCUCGCUGGAGCAAAUCGAAUCAUAUCCUCGGUCGGAGAGCGUCGACAGUGAGGUCCACGAUAUGGUCAAGAGUGAGGACUGUACGGCACAGUUUAGCGAUAUUCAGACUAUUACGCCAGUAAACGACGAUAUGGAUGAAACGGAUCUUGUCGCAUGCGGUUCGGAACUCUUGCAACAGGUCUCGGCUAAUUUCUCAUCAUAUCAGGAGAGGCCGAAAAACUUCACGGACAGCGAGAUGUCAUUGAUUCGUGAGAAAGGUGCUGGUAGUGCUCCAAAACAGUGUCAGCUGUGUGGCCAUUGGAUAACCGCCAAGAAUGUAAGAGCACACGUAGCAACGCAUCUCACCAUCAGGAGGUAUGAAAGUCAACGUGGAUUCAACCGAUUAUGA